AUGAUGGGUAUUGGUAAGAACACUACGUCCAAAUCCAUGGAGGCUGGAAGUUCAACUGAAGGCAAAUACGAAGAUGAAGCGAAGCAUCCCGCUUUCUUUACUCUUCCGGUGGUGAUAAAUGGAGGCGCCACGUCCAGCGGUGAACAGGACAACGAAGACACCGAGCUCAUGGCAAUCUACACCACAGAAAACGGCAUCGCAGAAAAGAGCUCUCUCGCCGAGACCUUGGAUAGCACUGGCAGUCUAGACCCCCAGAGAUCGGACAUGAUUUAUACCAUAGAAGACGUCCCCCCCUGGUACCUGUGCAUAUUUCUGGGGUUGCAGGUCCCUGGAGCUGACAUGACACCACAGCGUGAGCGAGUCUGGAAGCAUGGACCACAGACGGUAUGGCUACAGGCUGCCAGAGUGCCUUCUGGUGACGUUUUGGGAUUAAGUACGGCAGUGCUGCCCACAGUCAAGCUGCAGUUCUCUGAGGACUCCUGGGGCUGCUCUGUGGCUCUGGUGUGUGCCUGCUCUUCUCUCUGCCUGCGCUCCUCACAGCCCCUGCCGUGUGUGGUGUGGCGCUUCCUGCCCCUUAGGUUACCCCUGUUUCAGGCCAGUGCUUUUGCAUUUCUGGCCCCUGCUCGAGCCAUCCUGUCUUUAGAUAAAUGGAAAUGUAACACCACAGAUGUUUCAGUGUCCAAUGGAACAACAGAGCUGUUGCACACAGAGCACAUCUGGUAUCCCCGGAUACGUGAGAUCCAAGGCGCCAUCAUCAUGUCCUCGCUGAUAGAAGUGGUCAUCGGCCUCCUGGGCCUGCCCGGGGCUCUGCUGAAAUACAUCGGGCCCCUGACCAUCACGCCUACGGUGGCCCUCAUCGGGCUGUCUGGGUUCCAGGCGGCAGGAGAGAGAGCGGGGAAGCACUGGGGCAUCGCCAUGCUGACAAUUUUCCUAGUAUUACUAUUUUCGCAGUAUGCCAGGAACGUGAAGUUUCCUCUCCCAAUUUACAAAUCCAAGAAAGGAUGGACUGCAUACAAGUUACAGCUUUUCAAAAUGUUCCCUAUCAUCCUGGCCAUCCUCGUGUCCUGGCUGCUGUGCUUCAUCUUCACAGUGACAGAUGUCUUCCCUCCUGACAGCACAAAGUAUGGCUUCUACGCUCGAACGGAUGCCAGGCAGGGCGUGCUUCUGGUAGCCCCGUGGUUUAAGGUCCCGUACCCGUUUCAGUGGGGACUGCCCACCGUCUCCGCGGCUGGUGUCAUCGGCAUGCUCAGCGCCGUCGUUGCCAGUAUUAUCGAGUCUAUUGGGGACUAUUACGCCUGUGCAAGGCUGUCCUGUGCCCCGCCACCUCCCAUCCAUGCGAUAAAUAGGGGGAUUUUCGUGGAGGGUCUCUCCUGUGUUCUCGAUGGCAUAUUUGGUACUGGGAAUGGCUCUACUUCGUCCAGUCCCAACAUUGGAGUUUUGGGAAUUACUAAGGUCGGCAGUCGGCGGGUGAUUCAGUACGGUGCGGCCCUCAUGCUGGCUCUUGGCAUGAUCGGGAAGUUCAGCGCCCUCUUCGCCUCCCUCCCGGAUCCGGUGCUUGGCGCCCUCUUCUGUACUCUCUUCGGAAUGAUCACAGCUGUUGGGCUCUCCAACCUGCAGUUCAUCGACUUAAAUUCUUCCCGGAACCUCUUUGUCCUGGGAUUUUCAAUCUUCUUUGGGCUCGUCCUUCCAAGUUACCUCAGGCAGAACCCUCUCGUCACAGGCAUAACGGGGAUCGAUCAGGUGUUGAACGUUCUUCUCACAACUGCUAUGUUUGUAGGAGGCUGCGUGGCCUUUAUUUUGGAUAACACCAUCCCAGGUACUCCGGAGGAAAGAGGAAUCCGGAAGUGGAAGAAGGGCGUGGGCAAAGGGAGCAAGUCGCUCGAUGGCAUGGAAUCCUACGAUCUGCCGUUCGGCAUGAACAUUAUUAAAAAAUACAGAUGCUUCGGCUACUUACCCAUCAGCCCAACCUUUGCGGGCUACACGUGGAAAGGCCUCAGGAAGAAUGCCACCAGCCGGAGUUCAGACGAGGACUCGCAGGCCACGGUAUAG